CGCGAGCCAGCGAUCCUCCCGGCGGGUUGCUGUCGAACAGCUGUCACUGUCAAAUUCAGUUCAGUGGCUCGAUCGACCCGAAUCAUCGCAGCAACCGUCGUUUCGUUUUGUUUUCCACACAUACCAGAAAAGCGUCCAGCGUCGCGAAACGGGAAAAAAGUGAAAAUUCGGAUCGUUUGUGGGGAAAAUUAUGCGGAAUUGCGGUGAAUAUUCGUGCAGAAAAGAUAGCUAACGUCGGUGAGGAAUUGGUGUAGCCGAAAAACAGUGAAUUUCAGUGAAAACAAUCGGGAGAAAUUACCGCGCAUUCAGUGGCUGUGACGGGGGGAAAUUUUCUUACCGAGAACCAGUGAUUAUUUUGCUUGAAGCUAUGACGCCAGUGGCCGUGGUGGAGUCUCCGCUGCGGAGAUCCGAUCAAUCCCGUCUUUUUCGGACGCCGCGAGCUGUGUCCCACGAAGAGGUGAACGAUGACGAGGCGGAACGUCGGAUACGACGGUCGGCGGCCACCCUGGACGACAGCACGGUGGCCGGGGGAUCGACUGUCGAGGAUAACGAGAACAUCAAGAUGUGCCUGCAGUUGUACUCGGAUAAUAAACUGAGCAAGGACAAUGCCUGGUCGGUGACGAUUAUUGAUACGUUUUCGAAGUUGAUGGCGCGCCACUCGAACACCUUGCAGAAUUUCCAGGUUGCUGGUUCGACGCUGGAGGCUUCCACCAAAGUGUACGGUCUCCGGGUUGACUCUGUGCACACCGAUGUGAUGCGUAUGUGCUCGGAACUCACUCGGCAGUCUGCCCGUGCAAUGGACAACAAUCGCGAAGAUGAAGAUGAGGACGACGGCGCUGACAAGGAAAACGAUGUCAGUGUGGCAGCUGGUGGAGCGGACAAAGCUACGCAAGAACCCAAAGCGAAAAAGAAGCGGGCCCGGAAGGUGGUCAGUACAAUUACGAAGAACAAGGAUAGCAUCAAUGCCCCGCUGGAUACCAACCCGUUUACAGAUCCGUUUUUCGCUAAACUUAACUCAGUGGUCGGUGAUGUUAAUAGUACCAGUCGGCUGAUGCAAAACCUAGUUCCUACGGAGAAUGCCGAAUUGAGACUGCGAAUGGAUUAUCCCUUUUGGGACGAUUCGGAGUCACCUGAGUUGAACUGCGAAGAGGAAGAAGACUAUAACGAUUGCGAGAAGACAUCAACCACGCUCUACGGGGUUCUCAGGACAAAUAAACUCCACCAGAGGCUAGCCGGAUACGUGAUAACGGAUACUCCCGCUGAAGAUGAAGACGACGAAGAAGAUAAAAUGAAAGACACUGACGACGUGCAACUCCGAGAUGGCCAGGCGGAACCACUUGCCAUGAACCGUUCCGCGUUGGAUGUCCAGUUCGACAUUGAUGCGGAAGUGGAACCGGUUCCUGUUGGCGAUGCUUACAUUAUCGAUUACGCUUCUGCGGACGCGAUGGGCGGACCGGAACAUGAUGACGAGUUCAACGAUGAAGACCAGAUUGCGCUUCAAAACUGUCGAGGUCUCAAACGGAAAACCGUCCUCAUUGAAGACAUGCGUCCAAUCGAUUCCUCCUCGGUGAACCUUGAGUACUCCUAUCGUGCUCUGGAUAACAUCUCACAAUUCUGGGCUGGUCCUUCCCAUUGGAAGUUCAAACGGUCAAAGAAUCCACGCAGCAUGUCGAUGCGACACACUCUCGGAACAACGGAUGCAGACGGUAAAACAAAACAGAAAGUAACUCGGAAGAAAAAACGGUUCGAGGUUGACGUUCUAGACGACAUGAUCAGCGUGGCGGAAGAGUUGUUUCCUGGUUACAACCCGAAUCGCCCGGUGAAAAACAUUACCCACCUGAAAAGUUUAAUCUGUAAAAAGUGGGACUCCAAAAAGUUGAAGUUGCCUACGGAUUUUCACCUGGAACGGAAUCGCUUCGAUGUGAAUAAAUUUGCCCGGGGCAUGAAACUGCAGGAGUUCGACGCGGCUCCGGAACCGGAUGUACCAGUCGAUGAGUACGACUACAGCAAUCCCGUCGAUCAGAACUACUGCAGUCGAGUUAUGAACGAUGAAAUCGAUCCCGAAGCAGAUCCGGUGCCAGACUUCGCUGGAGGAUCGGGCGACGAUCAUCAAAACUUUGACGAUAUCGCAGCAGGAGAGGAUGGAGGCGGCGGAACAGGUCAACCGCUCAACACCAGCCUUGACUUCAUACCUACAGAAUUCCAAGGAGCACCGGAUAGGGUAAUGAAAAUCAACAUUGCGUACGCGAAAACGGCCAAGGUGGUGGACAUGAAGCAGCUGAAAUCGUGUUGCUGGAGGCUCAUCCAAGAGCGCACUAGCCAAUGCCCUGCCGAAGCGCCUGCUGGCAGUAGCAGCAAUGUCAGUUUUUCCGAGGGAAAAGCCACAUUUACCGAAAUUUUCCGAGAAUUACCCCACAUCCUGUCGAAGUCGAUGAGCGAAAAUAUUUCCAAAUCGUUAGCAUUCUAUUCAGUGCUGCAUCUGACCAACGAACGAUCACUCCGGUUAGUGCGGCAAGAGGAUUUGCAAGAUUUUACAAUUCUACCGCCUGCGUAACGAAGCACACAUGCCCGAUUGCAAACGUUUAGCCGUAACAAAACUAAAGAAUAACGUAUAGUGCAAAGUAGUUUACGGAGAAUCUUCUACUUUUAUCACAUUUCUCACCAGUUUGUAUAAAGCUUUCAAGUCGAAAUAUAAAUCCGUUUGUAUGUUUCGAUUUUGUAGUACUAGCAGGAAUCAUCUGAACAAUUCAAUAUUUUCUGAACAGCGUUACAGUUUAGUUGUUUUUUAGAGUAAGCUCGGAGUAGAUAGCGACGGUAGUCUGAAUUUUGAAAUCUGAAUCUGUAUAGAAAUAAAAAUCUAUUGAUAGGAUUAUUUUCGGUAAAA